AUGCUUGUCAAAGCAGCCCUCCUCUCGCUGCUCCAGGCCUCGGCCCUGGCCGUCCCAGCCGCCUCAGACGGGACUUUUGUCCGGAGUCGCCAGCCUAGCGACGGCCUGCCCACGAGAGAAAGCCUGCGCAAGCUUUGCCUGAGCCAGGGGCGGGCUUGUUGCGAGGUCAUGCCCGACCCCAACGGCGGCGACGACGCGCCCGCCAUCGCCGCGGCCUUCAAGAAGUGCAAGACCAAGGGCUUCAUCUCCCUGCCGGGCGCCACGUACAACAUCAAGUCGAACAUGACGACGCGAGGCCUGAAGGACGUUCACAUCCACCAGCUCGGCCGCAUGCUCUGGUCCACCGACAUCGACUACUGGCUCUCCGUGUCCAUGCCCAUCGGCUUCCAGAACCAGUCGACGGUGUGGUAUUUUGGCGGCGACGGCGUCGUCUGGGACGGCUACAACACGGGCACGCUCGACGGCAACGGCCAGGUCUGGUACGACUGGGCCAAGAGCGAGGGCAACCUGCCGCGACGGCCCAUGAACAUCAACUUUGACAAGCUCACCAACUCGUCGGUCAAGCGCAUGCGCUUCGUGCAGAGCCAGAUGUGGACCAUGGCCAUCACCAACUCCAAGAAUGUUCAAAUGGACGACAUUUACGUCAGCAGCGUCUCCAACAGCAAGUGGAAUACGCUCAACACGGACGGCUGCGACACCAUCUGGUCCGACAGCAUCACCUUCCGCCGCUGGUAUGUCCGGAAUGGCGACGACGCCAUCGCCACCAAGAUGGACUCGUCCAACAUCCGCGUCUACGACAGCGUCUUCGAGGAUGGCCAGGGCGUCGCCAUCGGCUCCCUGGCCCAGUACGACAAGCGCUACGACUUUGUCCGCGGCUUCUACGCCCGCAACAUCACCCUCAGAAACACGGCCCACGUCUCCUACAUCAAGACCUGGGCUGGCGUCUCGCGCGGCUACCCCCCCAACGGUGGUGGCGGCGGCGUGGGUGAGGCCAAGGACAUUGUCAUGGAGAACAUCGUGAUUGAGCGCCUGCGCCAGCAGCCCUUCUUUUCCUGGCAGUGCGAGAACUACUCGGGCUGGGCCGGCAAGGACUGCAACUCGAGCAAGUUCAAGAUUAGCAACGUCGCCUGGCGCAAUGUCCGGGGCACCGUCAUCAACGACGUCAAGGAGGCUGGCUCCUUUCAAUGCAGCUCGGCCGCCGGCGGCUGCGACAACAUCGAGGCGACCAAUAUCGACAUCAAAAACGUCAGGGGCGAUGUGCUCGACAAGUACAAAUGCGAGAACGUGCACUCGCCAAAGGGGUUCACCUGCAGUCCUCUGUGA